AUGGUUUCUGUCCAACCGGGAAUGCCCGGCACUUCUCAGCAGGCCCAGGAAGACCUUGCCAGCCUCUUCUCCCGUAGUCUGACUUUCAACCCCGACUCUCGCUCACCCGUCGUCCCGAAGGAGACGACCCGGCAGGAAUCGGUCAUACCUGUGCCCACUGCUCCCACUCAAUCUAUUGUAUAUUCAAUCUCGCAGCAUUACAACCAUUCCGCCCAUGUUGCACGACUUGAUUCUCAACCCUUGGACAACAGGUCGCACUCGCAACCCCAGCGCCCUUCCUCGGAACCUCCUCAGAGCGACAUCUCUUCAACAGAGGAAGUUUUGCGCAGCUAUGGCUUCAACCCUGCUAUUUUCACACCCUCACAACUGCAACUAUUCCGCACAGCCGACGGAUCUCAAAAGCUGCGGCUUUUGGAGUUGUGGAGCAUCUGUCCGCCGAACAAGGCGGAAGAUAUUCCUGCCUUGGCAUGGAGCAGCACAUCUCUAGACCAGGAAGAACAGAUGGCACGGAUGCGGUAUGAACUUCAACAGAACCCAAUCAUGAGCCUAGACGGAACUCCCAUUCAAUCCGAGAAUGGUGGGUGGACCCAACAAGGCAUUGCUCCCGAGACAGAACCAUACAUGUCCUCCGGAUACGAAGAGUUAAUGCGACGAGAGUACGGGCGUCAAGCGCAUGACGACGUUUCUAGGAGUGUCCAUAGCCAUUUCGGAAAUGCCUUGAGCAGGAACAACUACUCCCGAGCCACUGAUCCAGUCUACAAAGGAUCCGAUUAUGAAAUACAGCAGCAGCAGCUGAAAAUGGCGGUUCAGUAUGGCGCAUUGGAGCGCUUCAGAGCCGGCAGUAUGGAGGUGGAUGCUAUGGACAUGUAA